AUGUACCUGCAGGCCUGCAAGCUGGUCGGGGUGGUUCCUGUGUCUUACUUCCUCCAGAAUCUGGGCACCUCCACCAUGAGCCUCAACCACCACGGCGUGAGACCCCUGGGGGGAGGCGCUUGCCAUUGCCCUGGUGAUAAGUCUGGUGGACGUCUAUUGACACAUUAUCAACUUCAAGAAACGCUCAUCAUAGAUUCCAAUGUUUCUUCUCAGACUGACAGGCACGUCACCAACCUGGAGCUGGUAGACAACUACCUGCUGGCUGACUCGGCCAGAUACCCUGUGGUGUUGUUGAAGGUACAUUUCACCAUUCAGCAUCUGGUAAAUUUGUAUGAGCUCUUUGUAAGAAGGUACAGUAAAUGUAUCUGGUACCAUCAACAUCUCUAAAACAUAUUAAUUCAGAAGUGGGAUAAGUAUGAUGUGCUAUGUGUCCCACAAUCCGCCACAAGAGGGCAUUAGAGUCGUGCAGGCCAUGCAGUACUUGAAGUUUAGAGCUGUAUUAAAAUGCCCACUGUUUGUCAAGUAGUAGAGUGUGUCCAACAGUCACUGAAUGCAUUGCACGGAGCUGAGUGCAUAUAUUUUUUUUUGCUUGACUACAUUUCCAUCAAAUCCAGCAAACUUUCAGGUAGUACACACAGAUUUGAAAAUGAAAACAAAAAACUCUGUUAGUUAGACACACUGAACACAAAUAUAAACGCAACAUGUAAAGUGUUGGUCCCAUGUUUCAUGAGCUGAAAUAAAAGAUCCCAGAAAUGUUCCAUAUGCACAAAAAGCUUCUUUCUCUCAAAUUUUGUGCACAAAUUUGUUUACUUCCCUGUUAGUUAUUUAUCCUUUGCCAAGAAAAUCCAUCCACCUGACAGGUGUGGCAUAUCAUUAAAUUGAUUAAACAGCAUGAUCAUUACACAGGUGCACAUUGUGCUGGGGACAAUAAAAGGCCACUCUAAAAUGUGCAGUUUUGUCACAAACACAAUGCCACAGAUGUCUGAAGUUUUGAGGGAGCGUGUAAUUGGCAUGCUGACUGCAAGAAUGUCCACUAGAGCUGUUGUCAGAUAAUUGAACGUUAAUUUCUCUACCAUAAACUCCCUCCAACGUAGUUUUAGAGAAUUUGGCAGUACGUCCAACCGGCCUCACAACCGCAGACCACGUGUAACGACGCCAGCCCAGGACCUCCACAUCCGACUUCUUCACCUGCGGGAUCGUCUGAGACCAACCACCCUGACAGCUGAUGAAACUGAGGAGUAUUUCUGUCUGUAAUAAAGCCCUUUUGUGGGGAAAAACUAAUUCUGAUUGGCCAGUGGAUGGGCCUAUGCCCUUCCAGGCCCACUCAUGGCUGUGCCCCUGCCCAGUCAUGAGAAAUCCAUAGAUUAGGGCCUAAUGAAAUUAUCUCAAUUGACUGAUUUCCUUAAAUGAACUGUAACUCAGUAAAAUCGUUGAAAUUGUUGCAUGUUGCGUUUAUAUUUUUGUUCAGUAUAUAUUAUAUUUCUCUACUUUAUUUGUGAUUCUUUUUUUUAACAAUUUCAACAACAGGGAAUGGAUUCAUAGAGGACGAUGCUAAAAGUUUUGCAGAUGCACUGGCAGUAAGUGAAUAGAAAUUACAUACAAAAUGCAUGCAUGUUGAUGAUAUUACUGUCAUUGGAGUCUAUAGCUAGCUCCUUGCUAUAUCUCUCCCUUUAGAACAACUACAGAGUAAAAGAGCUGGACUUGAGCCACAGUCAGUUCUGUGGGAGAGGUGGGGAGCAUCUGGGCCAGAUGUUAGGUUGGACCAUUUCACUUUAUGUCUGCAUCUCACAUCGUUACAGUUGAGCAGUCUCAUGGAGUAUACAGAGUCUAAUGGAGUCAUUAGGGUUACAAUCAUGCACAAUGUGAGUGUUUAGCGUUUUGCAUCUUCUGCCACUGACCUUGUAAUCGUAGAGCAAACGAUGAAGGUCUGGCAGUACUAGACUUGAGCUGGAACCAUCUGCAAAUGAAAGGAGUUGUGGCUUUCUGUGCCGGCCUCAAGGUUUGGAUAAACAUACUCAACCCAAUUCCCACAAAGUGUAAUUCUUUGUUAAAAGAAAAUAGUAAAACAGUAUGUGAUCAAGAUAUCUACUCUUCACAAAGGUGAAUGUGACCCUGAAACACCUAGACCUGUCCUGGAAUAUCUUUGGGAAUGAGGGGGCCUUGACUUUAGGAGAGGCACUGAAAUUCAACAACACUGGUAUACCUAGACCUCAACAACAACCACAUCACCAACGAGAGGGUGGGCAUGCAGUGCAAAGGGCUGGAGGCCAACGACACUCUCAGAGUGCUGAUGGUAGGUGCUUGAUUGACAGAGAAACUAGGGUGACUUUAAAUGUUUUGUGUCCCUUCAGCUGGCUUAUAACUCUCUGACAGUGGAGGGGGCACUGGCUCUUGUCACUGUGGUCAAGAAAACACCCAAAACUGCUCUGGAGGAGAUCAACAUAUGUGAGCAUUGUUGUUCUCUACUUGAUGUACACUAGAAGUGUUUUGGUCCGUGUGUUAUAACUUUACCAUGGUUUGGAGUGUUAACUGAGUCAUUUGUGUUUGUGAGUAGAAUCCAGUCUAGCGGUGCAGUAUGGAGGGGUCGGAGGCUUUAUCGCUAAGAAAUCACCCAAAUUCCUUGACCCAAUGAUAGUCAUUCAG